ACCAGAGCAGCCGCACCGUUCGGAAGCUGAGGGGGCCCGGCACGGCGGCGUCAAGAUGGCGGCGGCUGUGGCAGCGGCGGCGGCUGCUGCGGCCGCGGCUGCAUCUUUUCAAGUGCUGGAGAUGGAGAGCAUGGAGACUGCCGUCGCCGGUUCCGCGAGCCUGGCCGCCGAGGUCCGAGGCAGUGGCACUGUAGACUUCGUGACCGGGGCCGGGAUCUCCACCCUUGUCGACACGGGCGGGGGCGAUCCGGGCCCAGAGGCCGAGGACUUCGAGUGCAGCACUCACUGCUCCGAGUUGUCCUGGCGGCAGAACGAGCAGCGGCGUCAAGGCCUGUUCUGCGACAUCACCCUGUGUUUCGGCGGAGCCGGAGGUCGCGAGUUCCGUGCCCACCGCUCGGUGCUGGCCGCUGCCACCGAGUACUUCACCCCCUUACUCUCGGGCCAGUUUUCGGAAUCGCGCUCGGGCCGGGUAGAGAUGCGCAAGUGGAGCUCAGAGCCGGGACCCGAACCUGACACGGUGGAAGCCGUUAUCGAGUACAUGUACACCGGGCGCAUCCGAGUGAGCACCGGCAGCGUGCACGAGGUGCUGGAGCUGGCCGACAGAUUCUUACUAAUUCGUUUAAAAGAAUUCUGUGGAGAAUUUCUCAAGAAAAAACUUCAUCUCUCAAAUUGUGUGGCCAUUCAUAGCUUAGCCCACAUGUAUACCCUGAGCCAGCUUGCUCUGAAAGCUGCAGAUAUGAUACGGAGAAAUUUCUAUAAAGUCAUUCAGGAUGAAGAAUUUUAUACUUUACCUUUCCAUCUCAUUCGAGACUGGCUUUCAGACUUGGAAAUUACUGUGGAUUCUGAAGAGGUUCUUUUUGAAACAGUUUUGAAGUGGGUUCAGAGAAAUGCCGAAGAGAGAGAGAGAUACUUUGAAGAACUUUUUAAAUUGCUCAGAUUGUCCCAGAUGAAACCCACCUACCUUACUCGGCAUGUCAAACCAGAGCGGCUGGUGGCCAGUAAUGAAGUUUGUGUCAAGCUGGUGGCUGAAGCAGUGGAGAGGCAUGCGCUCAGAGCAGAGAAUAUGCAGUCUGGCACACUGCAGCAUCCCACUUCGCAAGUCUCACUGCUACCUCGCUAUGGACAAAACAUGGACGUAAUCAUGGUUAUCGGAGGAGUGUCCGAAGGAGGAGACUAUUUAAGUGAAUGUGUGGGAUAUUUUGUUGAUGAGGAUAGAUGGGUAAAUCUGCCCCACAUUCAUAAUCACCUUGAUGGACAUGCUGUUGCAAUUACAGAAUCUUACGUGUAUGUUGCUGGCUCCAUGGAACCAGGGUUUGCUAAGACUGUGGAACGAUACAACCCAAACCUGAAUACAUGGGAACACGUUUGUAGUCUGAUGACCAGAAAGCACUCUUUUGGGCUAACAGAAGUCAAAGGGAAGCUGUAUAGUAUUGGAGGACACGGCAAUUUUAGCCCUGGCUUUAAAGAUGUGACUGUUUACAAUCCUGAGCUUGAUAAAUGGCACAACUUAGAGUCAGCACCAAAGAUUCUGCGAGAUGUCAAAGCACUAGCCAUUGAGGACCGGUUUAUAUACAUUGCUGCCCGCACGCCUGUGGACCGGGACACUGAGGAUGGACUGAAGGCCGUAAUUACUUGCUAUGAUACAGAGACUCGACAGUGGCAAGAUGUGGAAUCUUUACCGCUUAUUGACAAUUACUGUUUUUUCCAGAUGUCUGUGGCCAAUUCAAACUUUUAUCAGACAGCAUCAUGCUGUCCCAAGAGUUACUCUUUAGAAAAUGAAGAGGCAGUAAGAAAAAUUGCCGGUCAGGUAUCUGAUGAGAUCCUUGAAAGCUUGCCUCCAGAAGUCCUAAGCAUCGAAGGGGCAGCCAUUUGCUAUUACAGAGAUGAUGUCUUCAUUAUUGGAGGCUGGAAAAACAGUGAUGAUAUUGACAAACAGUAUCGGAAAGAGGCCUACCGAUAUUGUGCUGAGAGAAAGAGGUGGAUGCUCCUUCCUCCAAUGCCUCAACCCCGUUGCAGGGCCACUGCUUGCCAUGUCAGGAUUCCCUACCGGUACUUGCAUGGCACACAGAGAUACCCCAUGCCUCAAAACUUAAUGUGGCAGAAGGACCGCAUCCGACAAAUGCAAGAGAUACAUCGGCACGCCCUGAACAUGCGGAGAGUGCCAAGUUCCCAGAUUGAAUGCUGAGCUCGCCAGCGCUUACAGCUGAAGACUGUUUGUUCUCCCUGUUCUGUGAGGCUGGAGAUGCCUGGACUGUUACUUGGAAAAGUAUGUCAGUGACUUAUUUUCUACUUGGACUUAUUACCGUAUAUAAAAGAAGUGUAGUUAAAAAACAAAUAGGAAACUCAGUUCAAUGUGGUAAUUUUUUUUUUAGGUUGCAGUCCUGACUUUGGUUUGUGUUUAUAUGCUGGCAAAUUAGAUCUUAUUAAAGAGAAGUGGGGGAAAGCAGGUGUAGUUACUUGGCCUUUUUUUUGCCAACAACUAACUCCUUUGUCUUAGGGACUUACAUGGGGCUCUAAGCACCAGUGUUAUUUGCACAUUUACUUUGAUAUUCCUUUAAGUUUUUUUAUGACUUGUUUAUUUUCAGUGAUACAAAUUUAUGCAUUAAGUUCUCAUCUGUAGGAGACAUGUGCAAUAGUGAAGCUGGAUCUGAAGGUAAAAGCACAGUGUUUCAGCAAGGAUGACCUCAGAAUGUUAGCACUUAUGUUUUGCUGUAUGCAUUUAUCUACAAGUGCUGGUUUUGUUCCUUGGAAAGGGUGACCAAUGAGAAGUUUGCGAGUGGCACAUCCUCUGGUUUGUUUGGUUUCUUCUGCAGCUUUUAUAGACUUGAACAUCAUUCUGAGAUGAUAGUUUGGAAGGUAUUAAUGUUUACCUGGUUAUCUAGAGAAGGAGUUACACAGGUGUAGUUUAUUUCUUGAAGAGAAGUGCGCAGUGUAGCUGAGAAAGCAAAUGAACAAAACAUUCGAAACACUUUGAAGGGUUGUCACUGUGUUGAUGAGGAUGCGGUAUGCCAUGACAAUCAAUACACUAUGCCUUCAGUUUGUCUUUUUGCUCCCCUGAAUAUUAUAUAGCCUCUUCAUCAGUUCUUUCUGCAAGUAAAGCUUUCAAAUGGCAAGGAAGUAACAGUUUAGAAAAUACUGCUAAGAGAAGCCAUGUUAUUUCUGGCCCCUGAUUGUCAUAAUAUUUUACCUAGUUGCCCUAGACUUCUACUUCUGUACAUAUUUUUAUUGCAUUCCCUAAAGUAGUCUUGUUCGGGUUUUUUUUUUUUUUGGUUUUUUUUUUUUUUGAGACAUGGUCUCACUAUGUAGCCUUGGUUGGCCUGGAACUCACUAGGUAGAUCAGGCUUUGACCAUAUAUAGAUUCUGAGGGACAAGCAUCCAAGGUCCAAGAAGCAGUUUCAGCAGCAGCUGCUUCUACUCUUUCCAGUUCUCUGCUUUUGUUGAGCUGUGACAGUGAUGUUGGACAUUCACAUUCCUCUAAUUCUUUGUAUUUAUUAUAAUUUUCUGGAGCUGCUAUUUUAUAGUUCAUAUUCAUGAUCUUUAAUUUUCAGUUGCGUUGGGUAUAUCUUUGAGUCCCAUUCUCUCAGUAUCUGCGCAUUCUUUUUUGGAGGAUUAACCCUUCUCUUUUGAGCCUUGUGCAGGUUGUCAUAUUGCUUUCGAACUGUUUUUGAUAAUAAAUUCCUACUCAGUACAUUGGAUAUUUUUGUUCAUAUGUAGAUACUUAGAAUAUAUAAUUUCCCAGUUUUCAUUAAGCAUCUGGAUCUAAUUUGUACUUAGUUUUGUACCUUGUGCAGGGCUUUAGACUUGGCACUCUCACCCUUAAGCUUUUGUGGGUAAUCUUGAUCUUGUUCUGUGACGAUUUCAAAUUUUGAUAUCAUUUAAUUCUAGAUGCGGUAUUGAUAUAUAUUGAUACAUGUAGAAAUAUCAUUCUUUUCUCCUGUUUUUGUUUUAAUGCAAAUCUCAAAUUAGAUCUUCCCUCUCACUUUGUAUGAUCUAACCUGUAUUCUUAUGAUUUUGUCUUUGAUGUUUUUGUUUUUGUUUUUUAAGACAAAGUCUAUGUUGUCUUGGCUGGCCUGGAACUCUCUAUGUAGACCAGACUGGCCUGGAAUUCACAUAGAUCCGCCUGCCUCUGCCUGGGAGUAAAAGGCAAGUCCUGCCAUGCUGGGCUUGAUGGCUCUUUAGUACACUACUUUCAUUUUCUACUUCUUCAGUUUGUUUUGUAAGUAGUUCAUGGUGUUUAGUUUGUCUUUCAUGUAAAUUGACCAUAUCUGGGACCUUUAGAGAAGAGACAUUAACACAUCCUCAGUUACUGGUUCAGAUGAUUAUGUCAUUGGGGUUUUCCUGGCAUUUCUUUCUUUCUGAUUAGUCAUUCCUUUCAACUUACUUACCUGCAGAUAUUUUCACUCCCAUCACAUCUUUUCUGAGCACUGUUAUACUGGACUGGCUCUGAGGCUGUGACUAUUCUUCGUAUUCAGAAAGGAUUUCCACAUUGAUAUUUGAUACAACAUUGAUGUCAUCUAUUAUAGUCAGUCCAAAGACAUCUUGCAUAAUUUCUUGAUUCAUAAUAGCAUUCAUGAAGGCUCUUCUCUCCUUAUGUCAAUAGCUUUACAUACACUCAUAAAAGCUCAGCUAUAAUUUUCACUCACAGCUAGUGUAAUGCAGUCUUUGUUUCUUUAGUAUUCACUUCAUGUUCAAAGGUUUUUGUAGGUUGGAGAACACAGUUGCUUUGAGCGUCCAUGAUAUUUGGGUCAGCACUGUUCCAGUGGAAUAGAGGCACACUCCCUUCUUGACACUGUAGAGUCAUCAGACCUGUGCAGCCACUACUCAAGGAUAGUCAUACACACAAGUAGUGUAUAGAGCAGGUGGGAGUACAGAUAAUCCACAAGAAGCUGUAUCACUGAAAAGUCCCAUCAUAUCAUGGACUUUGACUUCAUGGAAGUCACAUUAAGGAAUACCCAUUUUUCUGACUUUCUAUACACUCCUGAGCUUUAUGUAACUUAUCUUUCAGGCUAAAUCUUUGAACACUCAGUUAACUCCGUUUUAAGUGCUGGAGAGAUGGAUCAGCAAUCAAAAGUACACUUGCUGUGAUGGGUUCCCAGCACCCACUUCAUUAAUGCAGCUUACAAGCCUAACCCCACCUCCAGGGGAUCUGGUACCUUUGGCACCUGUACUCACAAGGACAUACCCACAUUCAGACAUAUACAUGUAUAUAUAAUUGAAAGUAAGCUUUUCAUUUCAUAAAGGCUCUCCUUGAAGUUGGGUAUGGUAGUAUUUAACCUGUAAUCUCAGCAUUUGGGAAGCAAAGGCAGAAAGUUCAGGAGUUCUGAGCCAGACUAGUUAGCAUCCAUGUCAACAACAAAAGUGUAACUAAUAAGAAUAAAAGCAUAAAAAUAAAAAAUUAACUCCUGAUAGUACUGUAAAUCCAUUUUUUUUCUUUAAGAAUGUCUACCUUCUCACACAUUCUGGAGUAUUCUGAAAAAGUUAAAGUACAAUCAUCUGUGCCUUCCAUAUUCCAUUAGAGUUAACUUUAUUAUAUGAUAGAAUAUCAGAAGCACAACCAGAAACUUUAUCUGUUUACUAAACACUAAAUGCGCUUGGAUUCCAUACUGAUAACUGAGCCCAGGGCCUUGCACAUGCUACGGAAACACUCCACCAACUGAGUUGCUUCCCCAGUUCUUUCUGUAGCUCCCUAAUAACAAGUCUCGGGACUCUAAGAAGCACUCAUUAGUUGUAAAAGGUCUGCCCAGCUAACAGUCUUUGAAGCUCAGCGAAGGAAGCUUGCCUUUCUCUCGGUCCACAAGUCAUUUAGUAUCUCAUCAGGAUGCCAGCUUUCUCUGGGAAAAGGUUCAUGUAUUUUGAUUUUGGCGUUUUGGUCCCAGAGUUAUAUUUUGCAACAGUCACCACCAAGUUGUUAUUAGGGCCAUCUUUUUGUCAUCUUUUCAUUUCAUGGCAGACAAUAUAACUCCUAAGUUGAUUGAAACCACUGUCUUUUUGACUCGGCAGGCAGCCUAGGCCUUGGCUGAAUGAAGGGGUAAGUCCUUCCUUGCAUGAUGGUGUGCAGGUUUUCCUGACUACCGAGUUUCUAAUUUUUAUAUGUGAGUUCACGUGUGUGGCUUCACCACCAUAACUUGCCUCCUAAAUACUCUUGUUAGGAAGGAAAGAAACUAGAUUUGCUUAAAUCUGUUCAAGGCUGACAUUCUGAAAUUUUAAACUGGACUUAACAAUAUUUGUAGUAAUAAUCAUGCAGGUUUAAUAUGGUUCUUUGGGAAAGAAAUUUCUUUUAUGAAAAGUUUAAAAAAAAAAACAGCUUUUUAAAAGCUUAUUCAAGAGGACUUUUGUUUUGUUGCUUUAGUUUUUCUUAGUUGGAAAGAGAGGUGUCCAUUACACCAAAAAAGUAAGGGUGGUCUAUUAUGAGUCCAGGCUACUUCCCACAUUAUAAUGGAACCCUUCCUAUCUUCCCUUUAAACUGAGAAUGUCAGUCAUGAGCUUAGAGCUUAAGCGAUCAUCACUUGCAGCUGUUGCAUGAUUAGUCUUGUGUAUCCCAAUAGCUUUGCUUUUCUGUGCCAGUUUAAAAUAACAUUUUUGCUAAGGACAUUUAAAAUUAACUGAUACCAGUUUUGUUUUGUUUUCCUGGUUGUGUGUAGUAUUUCCAGGACCAAAAAUUUCCUUAAAUUACUGAACUUAAAAAAAGACUCUCAGUCUGUAAAGCCGGAGAGCCCAUUUUUGUGCUUUGAUCCGUCAUAGCUGGUAGGCAGGUUCCUGUGCACACUUUCCCCUCUCUGACUGCAGCAUGUGUGUGUUUGAAAUGCUUUCCUCUCUGCUUCACGAUUCUAGUGUCAACACUAUCAGUAGACUGGAGCUGUGUUACAUAUUUUAGCUACUCAGUCAAAGUAUACAGGACCUUGAACUAAGCUUAUGUGCAGUGGCCAUAUUAGUCACUUUUCGUGUCUUUGAACAUGUGUGGUGUUGUGAAACAAAUAUUCUUCUACACUAGAAAAAUCCGGUGCUUCAACCCUAGAAUAUUUGAGCAGCAGUUCAGUUUGUUCUCAGCCAUCAAACAUUUUGGCACAACACAUCAUCUGUUACUUUCUUGAGAAAAGUUGGUUUUGUUGUUUUACUUACAGUGUAUGUACUGGUCAUUAAAAACCAAACAGUUAUGGAGGGUUGUAAUACAACAAUAGUAAGUUUACAAAGUAGUCGUUUGCUGCAAGGACUUCACUUAGCCAAAUUACUGCUCACUGCAACCCUCACAGAGCUUCCCGCUUACACUCUGACCCUUGCUAGGAGGGUGGUACCUUGAAGCACCUGUUAAUCUUCACCCUCCUGCUUUCUGCACUUGUGAAACUCAGCGCUUGCUAGGUGUUUGGAGAUUUUACCAUCUGUGGGCUGGGGCUUGUUGUGUUACUUGUAAGAUAAGUAUUAGUUUAUAAACAGUUUUUUGGGCUAGUGGUACCCAGGCCCCUAUUCAAGAUAUAAUCUUGCUUAUCUCCUUUUACCUUAGAGGAGAUAUAGUAUUUAGAACACUUAUGUUUUAUGUUCCUGAAGUUAUCUUGCUCAUGUUCAAGUUACUAAUUGUUUAAAUGUAAGUUUUCAAUAAACGUAUUUCUUUAGA